UCAGCGACCAAGAACACUUUUCAGAAGAGAAAUCUGUAAACUCUGUUAAGUCAGAAUCAUCUGAAACAUACUGUAGCAGUUUCAGAAACAACCCAUAUAUAUAUAUACGAAAAAUUAACAAACUAAUAAACAAUUAACGAGUAAUUUUUUUUCCCUCAAGUUAUUAGAAUUAGGCUAUAAUCGAAGCAGCUUGUCACGCUGAAGCAAAGCGAAUGUGAAUUGUAAGGGAGAAGAUGGUGACCGGACUGUUGUGACUUUGCUGUGAUAACAGGAAAUAAGGUACACCAGAAACCAGAUGUGUCACGGAAGGUUUUGAAGAAAUCGGCAACGUACAAAGAAAGACAUAUGGGUUUUAUUUUUGGAUUUUCCACAGAAUGUUUUGAUAAGUUUACUAUGACUUUAAUUAUAUAAUCAGAAACAAGAAACGUUUUCUAAGAUAACAAUAUACCUGGGCCGGGUAUUUUAAUUUAGCUGAAGAAAGACAUUACAUAUUAGAAAGAUUGUUGUUUAUCAUAAAGCUUUUUUUUUGGCUGUUAAAUAGUAAUAUCCAAACUAAAUCGUUCACGAUUUUGAUAUUUUAUUAAAAAAAACAAACUAUAAUCCAAAACCAAUGAUGAACGAGAAAUAUUCCUGGUCUACCUAUGCUGCUGAAAAAGUAAUUCUAAAUGAAGGAAAACAAGAGUAUACAUCAAUAACACCUUUCUAUGAGGACAUCUUUAACUGUACAAAUGAAACAGAUAGUCUGUAUAACCUUCCAAAUGUAUUCGACAUCCAUCUUCUAAACAUGACACGUGACGUACCAUUUGAGUAUGCCAUGCCCCUUUUCGGUUAUAUUAUGCCCUCAUUACUACUAGUUACGAUAAUUGCCAACACUUUAGUUGUAGUAGUUCUGGCUCAGCGCCACAUGAGAACCCCGACAAACUUAGUAUUGCUGGCGAUGGCUAUUUCAGACCUGCUGACUUUGCUAUUUCCUGCUCCUUGGUACUUUUAUAUGUACACACUGGGAAAUUAUAACAAGAUCCUGUUCCCACCCACUGCAUGCUACGCUUACCAUUAUAUGUACGAAGUGGUACCUGCAUUUUUCCAUACUGCCUCCAUCUGGCUGACGUUAGUGUUAGCGGUUCAAAGGUACAUUUAUGUUUGCCAUCCCACAGCGGCUCGCACCUGGUGCACAGUUCCCCGUGUUAGUCGAGCUAUGAUCUCUGUCUACUUGUUGGCUUUCCUGCACCAGUCGACAAGAAUAUUUGAUCGGGUCUUUCUAUCCGUCCAGUUUCGCUGGCAAGGAAAGGCCCACAUGGGGUGUGUAGCUCAGACAGCUCGCUGGGUAGGAGGGGUACUGACGCAAAAUAUAUACUACAUCUUUUACUAUGUCUUUCGUAUUAUUUUUGUACAUGUUGGACCAUGCGCAGCUCUGGUUGUCCUAAACGUGCUCCUUUUCCGUGCCAUGAAAGAAGCACAACAGAAAAGGAAAAGAUUAUUCAAAGAAAAUAGGAAAAGUGAAUGUAAAAAGCUACGAGAAAGUAACUGCACCACUUUAAUGCUGAUCGUCGUGGUAACUGUAUUUCUUGCCGUUGAAAUUCCUUUGGCAGUUACUAGUCUGCUACACGUCAUGAAGAAUGCAUUGAAUCUUGAUAUUCCCAACUAUAAUGAUCUAAAUGCUACAAUUCUCUUUACAAACUUUUUCAUCAUGCUCAGUUACCCUUUCAACUUUGCCAUUUACUGUGGAAUGAGUCGACAGUUUCGAGAGACUUUCAAGGACCUCUUCAUGAUUGGUAAUCUCGUCAACAGACGAGAGGGGUCGUCCAGAUAUAGUUUAGUUAACGGGCCUCGUACGUCAAACAACGAAACAGUUCUGUAAUUGUAGGGUGGGCCCAGUCUCUCGUUUAUCUUGUUGCGAUAAAAACCAUUAAAAUAAGAAUAGAUCAUUCAUAUCAUUAAAUGGUGUGUUGGUGUAUAAGUAGACGAAUAAACAUCCAAAACCGCUCAAAUUCAUUAUUUACCCCAUUCUUUAUUGAGGAACUCACUUUAUUCUUUUAUAAUGUGAGAAAUACUGUAUAUGUUAUACUAUUCUGUAGAGAAGAGGGUUAGUAUAAAAUUACAUAGAUAGAAUGAAAAGAAGGAGGCAGAUGUGUCUGUACUAAGUUCUGGGGCUCCUUAGCACAGUCAGACCUGCCUAAAUGUAUAAAAAACAUUUAGAAAAUAUACUUUAUUUCACUGUCUUCAUUGAGUAAUUAUCAGUGCACCUUGUGUAAUAUCUGUGUUUGAACUUAUCCCAGUAAGCUAAGCUAUGCUACUGUACUUGGUGUAAUGUAUUUUAUGGAAAGUAAUAUUGUAUUAUUGAA